UGUUUACAUUAUCCACAUUGAUUCUAUUACACGCCUCACACUGCAGAUUCUGCAGAGUGAACUGGUUUCAUUAACUUUGCUAAAUGGAUAUAUUUGAUGUGUCUUCCAUGCGUGGAUAUGAUAAUACAAUCCUCAUGUAAACAUCUGACUGGCUGACUGAAGAAGAAAAGCUGAUGACACUGGAACACUCAACAAGCUGCUUUCAUUAAUGUUUGGUUUCCUAGCAGAAAUACAGCCUGCUGAAAUGGAUGGAGAGGAAGGCCUUUCUCAAAACACUGAUAAUGUCCACCUGGAACAGAACGGUUCCAUGUCGGACAAAAAGCGAAAAGAGGCCAAAAGAGCUUGUUUGAAGAUUGAAGGCCAAGAUGGAUAUGUUUUCAAGUCUUACAGCAUGACCUCUCACGAGACCCUACUGACAAAAAACUCUUCCCUUACAUCCUUGCCUCUGAAGGAGGCAGCUAAUAACGUAACUCAGGUUGAUGAACAUUCAGUAGAUGGUAUAGAACAAGAAAGCUGCGACGAGGCCUCUGUAACAUCUCCAGCCAUUUCAAAUAAUAAGAGUCCGAGCGCUGAAGUAGACCAGGACAGUUCUGCAAACGACAGCUUACAUAUCAAGGAGGAAUUAAAUGAAAUGGAUGAAAGUGCUCAGGAACAUGACAAGUUGUUCUUCGAUGGGGCUGUAGGUCCCUUUGUUACUAAAGGUAAUGAUGACGAGUACGAUAACUUUCUGAGUGGCUACUCGAGUACUCUCUACGAUGUUACAAUGGACGCUGUCACUCAAAGCCUCCUGACGUCUAUCAGAAAUCCUCUUAACCCUCGAAAAAAAUCCCCUGCUUGGAACCAUUUUUGCAUAUCACCUCGUGAUAGUACCAAAGCUAUCUGUAUGUACUGUAUGAAAGAGUUCAGUCGGGGCAAAAAUGAGAAAGACCUCAGCACUAGUUGUUUGAUGAGGCACAUCCGAAGGGCUCAUCCUACUGUGCUUUUAGACAGCGACUCUGCUGCCUCUUUAUUACCUCCUAUUAACUCACCAAAUAAUGGAGAUCUGGCAGCUAGCAUUAAAGUCCCCUUGAACAAUCACACCUCACCGUCCACCUCAUCAACAGAAGCCAUAGAUGUAGCGCCCAAAGAGGUACUUCCAAAAGUCAAACCAAAAGCGGAAAAGAGUGCCAAGACAGACCCCGGCGCAGUCACGUCGCCUAAUUCCAUCAACAACCAUGCUGAUGAUGCCAUUGAUGUAGCCCCCGAUUGCUCAGGAUCCACUCCUAAAAGUGGAAAUUCUCGAAGGAGAUCAGCUGUAUGGAAACACUUUUAUCUGUCUCCUGCUGAUAGCUCAAAAGCAGUGUGUAUUCACUGCAUGAACGAGUUCAGUCGGGGUAAAAAUGGGAAAGACUUAGGAACAAGUUGUCUCAUUCGGCACAUGUGGAGGGCCCACCGCGACAUCGUCAUCGAAGAAAACGGCCAGGGCCCCACCAUCCCACCACCAUAUACAACACCACCAACCCUUCUAUCACAGGUGCAGAUUCAGGAUUCUGUAGAUUGCAAAAAAGAACCCCUAUGUACCUCAUCCUCCCCUGAUACAAUAUCGGAUGAAGUGCCCAACGAUGACAGUGAAAAUAUGGAGAUAAAAGAGGAGGAGAUUGACCCUUCAUAUAACUCUGGACAAGAGUCUUUUGACCUAAAAAGUGAGGCUAUGCUUUUAUCGUCCUCCCCAGAAGAGUCUGCAGAGGGCUCAAUCAAAUGCCAAGAUCCAAGCUCAGUUUUCCAGCAAAACAAAAAAAUCAUGAAAAGAUUAAAAUCAGAAGUGUGGCACCACUUCAUGGUCUCGCCAGGUGACCAGUUCAAGGCUUUGUGUCGAUACUGUCCUUGCGUCAUUAGUCGCGGCAAACGCGGAGACUUCGGCACAAGCUGUUUAAUGCGUCACCUGAUGAGACGCCAUCCCGAUGUCCUAAAGAACCAAAAAAGCACAGGCAGCAAGGUGUCAUUUCGCCUCGCCCUCGCUGCUGACGAGGACAUGUCAGCGAGUGCAUCUGACAGCCCUGCUAGCGAGAAGAAACAACACACUCAGGCAGUUUUUAGCAAAAAGACUUCAAAGCUGUGGAAUCACUUUUCACUUUCUUCUGCAGACCCAACCAAGGUGGUCUGUUUGCACUGUAACCGCACUAUAAGCCGGGGCAAGAAAACAACAAAUCUGGGCACCAGUUGCUUAUUCAGGCAUAUGCAGAGGUUUCACGGACAUGCACUUGAAAAUAAAAGUAAUCUCUCAGGUGAUGUGUCAACUGAAAGCCAAGAAAAUCAGAAACUCAUGGACACGCUGGAGACAAGUGAGAAGUUUACCGACAGCCACCCAGUUGCCAAAAAAAUAACCAAACUUGUUGCUGAAAUGCUUGCACUGGAUCUUCAGCCUUCAACUCUGGUGGAGAACGAUGGUCUAACACGAUUACUGGAAUACCUCCAACCACAGUAUUGUCUCCCCUCUUCAUCAUACUUCACCAGCACCGCCAUACCAGAAAUGUACGAAAGCGUAAAAGAGGUUGUUCUGAUGCACCUCAAAGAGGCUGAGGGUGGAAUCGUCCAUUUCACAGCAAGCAUAUGGGUGAGCAGCCAAACUCGGGAAUACCUGACUCUUACGGCCCAUUGGGUGACGUUCGAGUCACAUGUCAGACCUCAGGGCCAAGAUUUCCACUGCUCCGCUCUGCUCGGGGUUUCCCCAAUAGACUGUGAUUACAACAUGGUUAGCAUACAAAAGCAGCUCGAGUACCUUUGGGACACCUGGAUCGUUUCAUCAGGACUGAAGAUUGGAUUCACUGUAACGGAUAAUCAAGCCAUCGGGAACGUGUUGGAGGACAGCACUCACGCCCUCAUGCAUUGUUUUGGUCACAACAUAGAUGUCAUUGUUACUGAAGCCAUAAAGAGUCAGAGGAUGGUCCAGAACCUGUUAAGCAUCGGACGGAAGAUCUGUGAACGAGUGCAUCGUUCGGAAAAGGCGAAGGAGAAGCUGGCAGAGCUUCAAAAAGCCUAUAACCUGCCUGAGAAUCAGCUCAUCCAGGACAUUCCUUCAAAGUGGAGGACCUCAUAUUUUAUGCUCGAACGAUUGGUUGAGCAAAAGAAAGCCAUUGACGAAAUGUCUUUAGAGUGCAAUUUCAGGGAACUUAUAAGCUGUGACCAGUGGGAGGUAAUGCAAUCAGUUUGCAACGCUCUUAAACCCUUUGAGGUUGCUUGCAGGGAAAUGAGCAAUCGCACUGCCACACUCGGUCAGGUCAUACCACUCAUUCACAUCCUGAACCGAAAGAUAGACAUGCUUUUUGACGAGACCAUGGGUAUCGAUAACAUGCUCAAAUCUCUAAAAGAUGCCAUGGUGACCAGAAUGUCUCCCAUACUUCAGGAUCCAUGCUAUACAUGGGCGACUAUGCUAGACCCUCGCUAUAAGACCUCCUUGUUCACAGAGGAAGAAGCAGAAAGGUGUAAGCAAGAGCUAAUACGAGAAGUAGAACAGGUUUCUAUGUCUGCAUCCCCCUUGUCUAACGGAUGCAGCGAGGUCUCACUUUCAUCGUCCAGUUCAACCACCAACAAGGAUAACCUCUGGGCACUGAUGGAUGACAUCAGGCAAAAGAUUAAGCAAGACGACAGACCAAAGUCAUCAGAACUCGCAGUUCUGGAGUAUCUUGAAGAAGAUAUACUCGACCAGAGCUGCGAUCCUCUGGAUUACUGGAAUCUCAAGUUGUUCCUGUGGCCUGAACUUGCCAAAGUAGCUGUACGUUAUGCGGGCUGCCCACCCAGCAUCGCACCAGCAGAGACUUUGUUCAGCACAUCAAGUGCAAACUGUGCCCUGAAUCAGUCUAGACCGUCACUAGAAAACCUUGAGAGACUUUUAUUUUUGAAGGUCAACCUUCCUUUAAUAUAUUUUCAGUACUGAAGACAUUGUGUGCACGAGACUGUUUCAUCGACCCUGAUCAAGGAUCAGUUCACCUUGAGAUGGCCCUUCAAAUUUUACACUGAGGUUUAGAUUGAGUUGUAGACGUCGUUUAGAUUAUUAAGUUAAUUUGAAUUACUUUUUGUAUGCGUACUACUGUUCGACACUUAACUGGAUUUUUAUAUCCAGUGAGAGUGUUUUCAGGGAGCGAUUACGGGGGGCAGGGAUACUUUGAGGUAGACAUUGUGUGUUGCUGUUUUUUUUAAUUGCUAGAUGUUUGUCUUCUCUCCCCUUGUGCCUUAUAACUACUUCAGGUCAAAAUGCUGUAUACCUGUAUAUUAUCUGACAUGCAAAGCGUAUUGUCUUCUGAUUCAGUGAAUGGAAAUAGAUGCUAAACACUGUUUUUAUAUAUGUAUGAACACAUGACCCAAAACAAAUGCUGUGACUGAAAGAUGUUUUUAAUUUAAUUGUUGAAUUAUGUUGUGGGUUAUGGUACUGUCCAUUAGAAUUAUUAUUAUUAUUUUCUGAACAAUUUCUUAACAUUAUUAUGUAAAAUAGUGUUGCAGUUUCAGGGAGAGCGAUCGGUUGAAAAAUGAAUUUCUUAAGCACAAUUGUUUAUUUUCAGGGGUAUUUAAUUAUGGAUUGAUGUCAAGUUCAUGUACAUUUUAUAAAUAAUGAUUUUCAAAAAUAAUUUCCUAAAAUAUUAAGCAUUUAGACUGGAACCAUGCCAUU